UGCCAUAAGUCUAAAGUUCAUGAAGCCUUACUCAGCAGUUUUUUGUGCAGUGUCACUUUAAAUGCAGGAGCACAAAGCGUGAACAGCAGUUUACAGACACGCAAGAACACUAAAAUUAGAAUGACUACACUAACAAAUUCUUGCUACUUGGGAUUUGAUUUCAGCACUCAACAGAUUGUGUGAUUUGAAAGUUGUCGCAAUCGAUGGAAACCUUCAAGUUAUUCAUCAAAACAAUGUCCAGUUUGACAGCGAUUUGCCAGCGUUCAGGACUCAGGGGGGUGUGCAUGUCCAUGGAGAUGGACUGACAGUAACCUCCCCAGUGCACAUGUGGGUGAAGGCACUUGACCUCAUCCUUGAGAAGAUGAAGAAUGCUGGCUUUGACUUUUCUUGUGUGAAAGCUAUUUCAGGGAGUGGGCAGCAACAUGGCAGUGUGUACUGGAAAAAUGGAACGAGAACGAGUCUACAGCUUCUUGACCCAGAUAGAGACCUGCACAGCCUUCUGCAGGAUAGUUUUGCUGUCCUAGACAGUCCAGUGUGGAUGGACUCCAGUACUGUAAAGCAAUGUCAGUACCUCGAGUCUGCAGUAGGUGGUGCUCAACAGCUUGCAGACAUCACUGGGUCACGGGCCUAUGAGCGUUUUACUAGCAGUCAGAUUGCAAAGAUCCACCAGUUACAGCCAAAUAAAUACAAUGAAACUGAGAGAAUCUCAUUGGUCAGUAGCUUUGCAGCAUCUCUCUUCCUUGGAGACUAUGCUGCAAUUGACUACAGUGAUGGUUCGGGGAUGAAUUUAAUGGACAUCUUCACUAAACAAUGGUCACUGCCAUGUCUGAAAGCUACAGCACCUAUGCUAGCAGCGAAGCUGUGUGACCCGACACCAUCCACAGCACUUCUGGGCUCCAUUUCCUCCUAUUUUGUAAAGCGCUUUGGAUUUCCAGAACACUGCAAAGUGGUGGCUUUCACAGGAGACAACCCUGGGUCUUUAGCGGGGAUGCGGCUACAAGAAGGAGAUAUAGCGGUGAGUUUGGGCACAAGUGAUACUGUCUUCCUGUGGAUCACAGAACCCAGGCCUGCGGUUGAAGGCCAUAUCUUCUGCAAUCCUGUAGACUGCUCCUCCUACAUGGCUUUGAUCUGCUACAAGAACGGCUCUCUGACCAGAGAGAGGAUCCGUAACGAGUGUUCUGGAGGCUCAUGGGAAAGUUUCUCCAGUGCGCUGUGGUCCACUCCCAUGGGGAACAAUGGAAGCAUAGGCAUUUAUUUCGAUGUUGUGGAGAUCAUACCCCCAGCCAUUGGGAUUUACCGAUUUGAUCAACAUGAUAAAAGAGUAGAUGCCUUCACCCGGGAGGUGGAAAUUCGAGCCCUGGUUGAGGGACAGUUCUUGGCAAAGAGGGUACAUGCCCAAAAGCUUGGCUAUAGGAUCAUUCCAGGAACAAAAGUGCUGGCGACAGGAGGGGCUUCGUCUAACAAGGCCAUCCUUCAGGUCCUCUCGGAUGUGUUCAACGCUCCAGUAUACACGAUUGAUGUGGCCAACUCUGCUUGUCUGGGCUCUGCCUUCAGAGCUAUGCAUGCGCUUGUUGCCGGAAAGGGGGUUUCCUUCACAGACACGGUGAGAGGAGCAGCAGCAGCACAGCUUGCAGUGAGACCAAACCCCAGUGCUGAGGAGGUAUAUGGGCCACUCCUGAAGAGAUAUGCAGGUCUGGAGGCAAGGGUUCUCAUGACCACGACACAAUGAUUCAUUUCCAUCCAAGCAUUUAAUCUCUGCCUCUCUUUAUGUAUAACCCACUAGAGCCAUGGACAAAUGAGACCUUUAGCAUGGUUCAUUCCUUUGCAUGAAGGAACCUGCAUUGUUUUUUAAUUUAGCCGAAUGAUGCUAGUCUCUCUGCCUCAGUUGAUCAUUACGUUGUCUUGACUGUUGCCACAUCAAGUGUAAAUGAUUACCCACUGUUAUAUAACAGGAGUCCAAAAUGAGGUGGACAAUAAAGAAAGAAAAAAUAC